UAUAAUUUUCUUCAAACAUAAUUUAAAAUUAUAAGGAUAAGCAAUAAAUGUUUCAAUUAUAAAAGAACAGAAUGGCGUUAAAUAAGCUAUUUACAGGCUUAACACUUACGUCCACCUCAAUAGCAAGAAGAACAAUACAAACAUCAUGUUAUAAUUUUGCAAGUAAACCUAAUAUCGAAAAACCAAAACCUGGAUUUGGUAAAAGUUACAGAAGAAUAGUUCAUUUUCCUGAAGAAUAUACUGUAAAACCUUUAAACGUUACAAAUCUUGCAGGAAGAGAUCCCGUGACUGGAAGAUUAGUCGCAAAAGGUAUAGGAGGAGGUAUAAAACAUAAAUAUCAUUGGAUAGAUUGGUACAGAAAGGGGCCCACUGAGGGACCACCACAGGAAGAGAAAGUCAUACAAAUAAUGGAAGAUGGAUGCAGAACUUCUCAUAUAGCUCUAGUGGCAGUUGGAGAUAAACUCAAAUACAUACUUGCUACAGAGAACAUGAAGGCGGGUGAUAUUAUAAAGACUUCAUGCCACUUACCAAGAAUACCAGUUAAAGCUAAUGAAGGUGAUGCAUAUCCACUAGGUGCAUUGCCUACUGGUACAUUGGUGCAUUGCAUUGAAAAGGAACCAGGUAUGGGUGGUCUGUAUAUUCAUGCGGCAGGAACAUUUGGAACUAUAUUGAGGAAGCAAGAUGAACGUAUCAUUGUUCAGAUGCCUUCCAAGAGAUUGUUCAGUUUUGAUCAACAUUGUAUGGCCGUUGUUGGACGUUUAUCCAACGUGGAUCAUGGUGACACACCAAUAGGCUCCCCGCAAAGGAACAGAUGGCUCGGCAACCGUCCCCGCUCUGGUCUAUGGAAGAGGAAAGACGGUCGACACGGAAGGAAAAUAAAACCACCGAAGCCGAUUAAAGAGAUUUCUUUGUCAAACAAGAAGCAGUUGAAAGCAAUAACACUUAGUAUGUGCCCUUAAUAUUUUCACAAUUAAUG